UAUCACGUCAUUGACUUAACAUGGGACUAGGGAGAUAAUCAUCCGAGUGAAACUUUCUCUACUGAAUUCAACCUUGUUUUACUUGCAUGUUUGUUAGUUAAUCAGCUUAAAACAACAUUUUCUACUACUAGAUAAUUUUUAGUUUGCUUAAGUAAGGAUACAUAUAGCGUCAGGUUUGAUAAUUCGAAAGAUACUUGCUCUAUACUACCUCGAUUGAAGGUUCCACUUGACUUUGAUUGAGAGUGUAGUUAGAACCGAGUCACCUGGGGUGACAUGUCCAUAGAUGAUCUCAGAUUUCCAUGCUCUUUAUUCUUGGUUCAUCUAAUAUGUGAAUUUUUAUUUUUUCUAUGGACCAAUAUCGAUUUUGAAAUUGUGAAGGAAUGUACCCAAUGAUCUGUGUCAAUCCAGAUAUCUUCACCUGACCCAAUAACUCUAUUAGAACGCAUUGAGAAAUCGACUAUGAAAGAAAGUAAAGAACAUAUAGAUUGACAUGUUUCACUAACAUGAUACGUGCCAAUCUCUAGAACUUUCAUUGAGUCACAAAGGCUAGACCAUAACUAAGAUUCCAUGCUCCCCUUUUUGGCAGAAAGAAGAAUUCCUCGGAUGAAAUAAAGAUCUUCAAGCAAGCGAAAACACAUGUUCUCAUGUAAUUAAUAAUUUUCCGAGUCUAUUUAGCCAACCGAGCUAGUUUGAACUCGCUAAAUCUUCAGAAAGCCCAAACCCAUUUUAUAGAGCAUAUCAUUUCUCUUCUACACCAAUGCAAACUAAUUUUUCUACAUGGAUCCCUACCAAAAGAAGUUAUUCCAUCUUCUUCGUAGGAGAUACUAGCAAGAGAAACAAAAGCAGCAGAUUUAGAAGAAUCUCCUUUCAUCCGUGCGAUAGGAUGAUGCUCUUCCAAGAUUCCCUCAUCUUUUUACUUUACUUGAUUGAUGAUAUAGAAGUUUUUUUCUUUCAUUUACACCACUAUGUUGGCACACCCAAAUAUUUUGAAUAGAAGUAGGAGGAAGCAAAUCCAAUACGAGUGAUUACAACUUCAUUCUCCUCCUAUGGAACAUUGGCACUAAAGAAAUCAAGAAUUUAUUGAUAUUAACUUCAUGACUUGUGAUAGCUCCAUCCUCAUUAAUGAUCCCUAAGAUUCUCUCCGCUUCAUGCUAAAUAAAUAGCUCUACAAAAACUGACUACAUCAUCCGCGAACAAACAAUGGGCAAGGACAUGACAUCUUAGUUUGAGCUUACCCUUGAUAUAUUCCUCUUCUACCAAUUUCUAAAUAAGAUAUGAUAUGACAAUGGACAUAAUAAUGAAGAGAAAAGGGGGGAGAGAGUCCCCUAUCGAAUACCAAAAGAUGGUGAGAAAGACUCUGUGGCCCCUCCAUCGAAGAGAAUUGAAAACUUCACCGUACGGAUAGAAGCUAGCUCGGGCCCAUUUUCACCAUCGAUCAUCAAAUCCAUACUUCUCCAAAAGAUUUUCCAAACAAUACCAAUCCACCAAGUCAUAUUCUUUUCUCAUAUCUAGCUUGACCAUCAUGUUCCUCCUCUCAUGCUUAUGUUUUUAAAUGGUGGAGAGUUUCAUGAACUAUAAUAAUUUUUUCUUGGAUCAUACGACCCUUCAUGAAUGCAGUUUGAAGUUCUAAGAAAAGAGAAGGAUACCACUUUUUAAUAUGAUUUGCCAAGGUUUAGGAUAUGAUUUUAUACCUGAAGUUACAACAACUGAUGGAGCGAAAUUGGUUGAUAAACUCCGGAUGGUCAAUUUUGUGGGCCAUUAAAAUUUGUGUAUAAGGUGUGCUUUCAGUUUGGAAGAAAUACUUAAUCUCUCUACAAAGGGCAUCACCCACUAUUCCCCAUAAGUGUUAUAGAAAUGACUAGAAAAUCCAUUUGGACCAUUUGUUAUCUCCUAAGAUGAACACUACUUUCCUAAUUUCUUAGCAUAGCACACAUGUCUUCAUCAUCCUCCCUAUAAAUUUUCCUAGGGAAGCCUUGCAGAAGAUGUGAGGUGGGAACAUAGUCCCUCACCUUUAAUAACUCCUUGUAAAACUCAAUCGCUUGAUUCUUCAAUCUAGCUUUGUCCUUGAUCCAAUUACCAGCCCCGCCUUUAAGAUGAGUUAUUCUAUUAUUAUGCCUCAGAUAGUACUAGAUUAAAAGAAAGAAGUAUUUUGGUUACCUUCUUCAUUCCAUUUCACUUUUGACCAUUGGCACCAGAAUGUUUCUUCCGUGAGCCAUAACUUGUAUAAUAUCUCAUACAAUGUUUUCUUCUUCUCCCAUGUUGGGCUAUGCUCUAUGAUAGUGUUGAAAAAUUUCCAGAUGAUCACGAAUUUCCUUAGUUUUUUAUGAACUCAUUUUAUGGAAGUCAUUCCACCAAGUUCUAAGAUACCUCCAACAUUGGUCUUUUUGGGUUAGGAAGAGCCUCCCGGGUCCCAAGAUAUUGAUACAACACCCCACCCCCACAUACUCUUCCUCUAAAGCAAUCUCUUCUCCACUCUAAAAGUAUUUCUUCUUCUAGUAAUAGUGUUAAAAUGAAGAUAGAAACUAAUCGUGAAAUGAUCUGAAUCCGCCAUUUUGUUGGUUCAAGUAAAAGGCCCCACUUUAAAACCCAACUCGAUGAGAGCGUUAUGGAAGAAGAAUCUCUUGGGCAGUUCCACAUUCUAGUACUUACGAGGGAAUCUAUUGAGUGCUAUCAAUGCUUGAUUGUUAGAUCAUCGAUGCUACAGACUAUAGUUAUGGUUCAUAGAAGCCCCCAAUUAACUAUAUGCUAUCUUAACUUAAUUAUUCUUUAUUAAUUAGGUAAUGACAUGAACCGAAAGCACGCAUUAGCUAGUUAAAUCUAUUUCACAAGCAGUGCAUGUACGAAUAGAGAGUGGCCUUAGAGGAAGGGACAGGGUGUUGCAAUAGAUGAACCAUUGGUGCAUGAUAUAAAUGAUCCUUCGUUUGCAUGAUCAUCUUCGACUUCACAAUCUAGUACAAUAACAUAUCCUUACUUUCAUGCAUCUAUAACUUGAAAACCCUAAAAAACUUUAUUCUUCUUCCUUGUUUGUUCAAAUUGUGUAUGUCAUGUCGGUUGUUGUAAGUAGUUAUGCAUUAGAAGAACUCGAGAAAUACGACCCAAUUCACAUUUAGAAUUAUCACUUGUGUUUUCUAACAUCAAGUUCAUGGAACUAUUUCUGGGUAUUUCUAAUCAUAUGUAAAAGCAUCUAACCAUCUUGUGUCUGGUAUUGAGUCUUUUUUGUUCUAUAGGAUUUCAUAUGAGUUCAGUAGAUACUAGAAGAAAUGUAAAAAAACCUAAAGAUCGUGGAAGAGAUACUUUGAUAAGGAGGAGUAUCGAGUUUACCCACAUUGGAGAGGAAGGAAGGAGCAUCUAGCCCAGGAGAAGAAGAUCCCUCAAGACCCAAAAAUUUCGAGCAACCCUCGGAAGAGGAGGACAACAUAGACGAAGACAAAUACAAAUCGAAGGAAGAAGGAGCAUCUUCAACACCAACAAUGGUUGGAGAAGAAGGACAAAUACAAGGGGUCGUUCCACCAAAUCUUUAUGAAUACUCAAGGCCAAGAGCAUCCAACAUCACCUCAAACUUUGUUGUGCCACCAAUGACUAUAGUGAUCAGAACUCAACUCAUCUAGAUAGUGCAACAAGCAGGGAAGUUUGGAGGCAAGAAUGAUAUUGAUCUGAUACAACGCUGAUGACUCGAUAUUUGCACAUGUUUUCCCCUUUGUUUCUUGAUCGUUUAAGCUUGCAUUAUCGCUUCUUUGGCCUAUUUUAUGCUAGGUUGUGUUCCUUUGUCACAUUUCAGGCCCUAGCACAUAAAGUGAAGCGUAGGCGCAAGUUUCAAGUCAAUCGGAGAUCAAUUGGCGAUUAGGGAGAAGAAACACGAGCAUGACCUGAAGAAGAAUGGAUUUCUACCUCACUUUAUGGACAAAGAAUCAUGAAAGUUUGUUAUGAAAAGAAAGAGGACGAGACUACGAGCGUCUGGGUUCAAACGGCGACUGAUUCGGAGUCCGGACGAGGGAGAAACGAAGCUUUGAACAGUGGUGGAGGAAGAAUUACGGGCAGGAGAAUUACGACCGUAAUUUCCCCUCCCAUGCCCGUAAUUUCACUGCCGAGAGGAGCUUUGGGUGCGCUGAAACUUAACCAAAACGCGUGUUUUGGGCAAAAUACGGGCAUGGAAGAAUUACGACCGUAAUUCAGCCCGUAAUUCGCCCAGAAUCGGGUUUUUGAGGCAGAUUAGAGCCAAAGGAAAGGGAGAGCUGGGUUUUGGAUCCCAAACACCCAAGGGACGAACCCUAGAGAGAGAGAGCGACUUGGGAACAUUCUUGGAGCUAUUUUGGAGGAUUUCUUCGCCAUUGGAGCUCGGGAAUCAAGCUUGGAGAUGGAGAUUGAAGAUCUAGAUCAGAUUUCUGCAGUCUCUCUCUUCUCUAUGGAGUAACUUCCCUUCACUUAGGUUUUGAGGAACCCUAGUUCCAUGAGUUAGGAUCUUUCUUGUAUGAAGUUUUGGAUGCUAUAUUGUUUGAUUAUAAUCGAAUGAUGCAUGUUUAUUGAGUCAAUUGAAGUCUGAUCAACUUUUCCUGAUUCCUGCUGCAAUCUGAGAUAGAUAGAAUCUGAUUAGGUUGCUAGAGUCUCAUCAUUCGGUAGUAGGAGAUUGGCUAUACGAGGGUUAGCCAAUUUACUGCUUUGUACUGGAAUCCAAUUCCAGUAGUGGAGUUCUGUGCUUAUUGCUUCAGCUUUCUAUCCCGGUGAAGACUAGUCGUCUGGCGGAUAGUUAGACUGAGAGGGCUUGGUCAGCUUAAGAGAUUCCAAGCUACUGUCGGAUCUUCCGCAGUUUAAUCAACAGUAAAUCAACCAAAAGGAAUUACAACUUGGACCUAAUUGAGGAGCUAGGGGGAAUCAUACCUAAGUGAGUUCCCAAACUGUAAUUAGUAGUUUUAAUUAGUUUAGUUAGUAGAGUAGUUUAGUUAAUCAAUCCUUAAUCUAGUUUGCUAGAUAAUGAACUGAAGCUGAGUAAUAGUAACUCUAGAGACCCGUGGAUUCGAUAUUUAUUACUUGUGCCACUAUACUGCAGUCCCUUUCAUUGGUUACACUUGGCCAUUGUUAGGUGUUGUAUUUUAGAGCAUCAAGUUUUUGGCACCGUUGCCGGGGACUUUCUAGAUUAUUAGGAAAGGCAGAAGUUUGUUACUUUAGCGUUUUUCUUUUCUUUUCCACCCUUGCUUUUCACUUGGGUGUUUUUUGUUUUUUGUUUUUGUUGGUGCAGAUCUGAAUCAUGGAUCCGCGUGGCUUCUCCAACCAGCGGGGGUAUCCACCACCAUUCGAGUGGUAUUACCCCGAGACUCCCUGGAGCAAUCAAGGAGGAGAAGACUAUGGAUUCGGGUUCCAGUACCAACCCCCUUACUAUGGAGAACAAUCAGACCCCUGGGCAUAUCAAGAACAAUCUCCUUAUCAAGAAGAAUUCCUCCCACAACAAGAAGGGCCAUCAAAUCUUGAGUUAGCCACAGCCUUCACGGGCCACUAUGCAGAGCCAUGCUACACUUCACUAGAAGAUCUGAACAAACAAUUAAGGCUUCUCGUGGAGCAGUUUGCUCUAGACACUGAGAGAUCAUGCUCCAAGAUGGAUCUUCAAAUCAAAGCCCUUGCUGCUUCCGAUCCCUCAUUUCUCCAUGAUAUGGAGGAGACUGUUCAGCGCUCAGCGAAGCAAACAGAGUGGGUGGAGCAAGUUUGCUCACAUCUUGCUCAAGAUCACCUUUCUGCUACCACGCUAGAAGAGGUGGAGGAUGACAAAGGCUAUGGGGAUGUUGAGGAGCAUACAGAAGUUAUCACAGAGAACUCCCAUGAUAAUCAUGAACAGGAAAGUCCUCUGGUUGCAGAUCACACAAUUCCUUAUUUCUGCUCUAACAUGCUGGGCCCGAGCGAGGAGAUGCAAGAUGAUCCCAUUAAAGAAAUUGCUUGGCGACUUGCUCUCCAAUCUGUUCUAGAAGAAGAAGAGCGAGCAAGGAUGAGGAAGGAAGUUGUGGAGGAUGAGGAAGAAAGAAAAGAAGAGGUGGUUCUUGAUCUUUUCCCAGGGGAGAGACCACAUUUUGAAGAAGGAAGGGGGGUUGAAGAAGCAAUUGGUGUCCAGGCUGAGAACGGAGUUAAGGUGGAAGAGGCCUGCACCGGCCAUGAGUUGCAAGUGAUAUCCCCACCAAACUUUGAGGAACUGCUUAGCAAGGACCCAUUUGCAGUGUCUCUUUGCCAGACCAAGGCCUGAUAUUCGGCUUUAUUAUAUCGGAUUCUUGGACUUUAUGUGAUUAUCCCGUGGUAUGUUUUAGCCAAUUGGUGCUAUUUUAGGGCUCGCUAACCCGAGAAUGGUUGAAAAACCAUUACUGCCUAGUGCCAUGAGUUUGAUGUAUUACAGGUGAAGAAAACACGAAAAAGAAGUUGCACCGGCAAACAAUUCUCGAAAGCUGGGCUUAAAGCCCAGCUGGAUGGGGAUUAAUGACAUUGGAGAGGGCGGCCAUUUUAUUGUGGGCCAGAAAAUUCUACGGAGGGAGGAAUUGGACCGGGCCUGGGGAAGUGAAUUCUCUGGGAAGGAGUUUUUUGGGACGGAUUCCUUUUGGAAAAAAAGAAAAAAGGCGGCUAGGAGGGAAGCAAUUAAUUAAAGGAAGGGAUUUCUUUGGGCGGAACAGAAUUUUAGGGGGGAUCGGGGGGAAUUCUUGUGGAGAAAAGAAAGCAGAAGGCGAAAAACCUUUUGGAAAAGAACAGCGAGCGGCGCAGCACAGGCUGGGACGAAAAACUCUCAUCAAUUGGCAAUUGGCGAUUGACGAUCGGUUUCUCCAAGGUUUGAGCUGAGUUCAACGAGAGCGAUUAGUUGGUUGGAUUUUCUAAAUCGAACUAGUUGUGUAUUGUUGAUUUAGAACAUGAUGAACAAAACCCUAUCGAUUUAUCUUAAUUUCGUCAUGAACUAAACCCCAAUUUCUGGGGGAAACACCAUAGGAUGUAGCUAUUUCUUGAUUUGAUGGAUUGAUUCAUGAUUCUUUUCUUCCAAUCUCUAUUGCAUGGAAUUUCUUAAUGCUUUGUGUUGACUGGCCACCAAUACAAUGAUUUGUAGUUAAUUAGGUUAUUAGCGACAGUGAAACCCUAAUAACUGAACCUAUUUCAUGUGACAUAGUAACUUAUCGAAGCGACAGUGGAUUAAAUAAGGUGCUAUGCGGUCUUCAAUAGGAUAUCGAUCUUCAGGCUGAAUAAUUAGGUCAUUGAGCUACGACAGUAGGAUUUGAUUUAAUUGUUUAGUACGUAGUAAUUCCCGACAGGGAUAGCUAGCACAUUCGUGAUAUCCUGGCUGUAGAGGUAUGGAUUAAAUUGAUUGGAAUAGGUGAAUUAAUCUGGAUAGGAUAGGUAGUGAAUCCCGGUGUUUCUCCCAGAGCUUUCUCCCAUUGAAUUUUCCUCGACAAGUUUACUUUGCUUAAUUAGUUUAAUUAUUUUGCUAAUAGUUAAUAAUUUCAUCUCUUAAACAUUUUCACAUAUAGUUUGCUCGAAAGAAUUGAUAAAUCAUAAGGUUGUAC